GCGUGAGCUUGAACACCACCAGCCGUCGCGUAUCGACGACCUACAGAACCCCCACGUCGACGCGUAACAUCACCUGACUCUCGACAGCACCUCUUCUGCUGCCUGAAGCUACGCGAGACGAUGCGGCACCGGUAGCAAGAAGCGAUACAACUUCGAUGCGCGGCAUACUCCCUGGACGGCCGCAGGCUAAGCUGCAAGCUGUCGCCCAUAGCUUGUGGGAAGGGAACCAGAUUGUUGCAUACAUUUCUGGCAAUGCCUUCAUAAUACUCGAACGCCCCGACCAUGUCAUACAAACCAUCUACAUCGAUGAGGAAGACGAGCUCGAAGCUGUCGCAAUCCACGAAGGAACCGGCAAGCUCGCAGCAUGUUCGAUGCGCAACAUCUACAUAUAUCAACCAUAUAGCGUAGAGUAUGGAGUCUACAAGUGGUCGCUGCAGGGCAGCAUGACUCUUCCCAAUCCGGACGACGCGAUAACGACGCUCUCAUGGGGCAUGCCAGAUGAACUUCUCGCCGGCAGCGGAGCGCUCACUCUCUUCAACACACAUGGCACAAUCGAGCAGGUCUGGACGAAGCCGCUUGCCAACCCCGUCAAGUUCGCUCACUUCUCCCCUGACGCCGAACUCAUUGCCUCGACAGGCAAGUACGACCGGUUAUUGAAGAUAUGGCGACGACUCGCAUUCGGCUCAGCAGACCAGCGCUUUGAUUACUACUACCUACCACAUCCCCAAGCCAUCACUGGCAUACAUUGGCGGCAGCCUUACAAGGACCAGACGACCGACAACGUACUGUACACGAUAUGCGCAGACUACAAGGUGCGAGUGUGGGUGCCUGGGGAGCAUCAUGGUGUCGAUGGCAUGCACUUGUGGACAGAGGUGGACCUGCUGGGCUCCAUCGAGCCAGGGCUUGUGUCGCAGGACAAGCAGUCGCAAAAACGAUAUGCCUUCUUCAUUGAUGGAAAGCACUUCACGCAUGCGACGGAAAGAGCGAUGGCACAAGCCUCAGCGGAGGAGAAGAGUCACGGUGUUGCGCUGCACCACUUGAUUGAAGUCGCCAAUCGAAGCCCGGAGAUCUGUGUGGUGCUAGACGACCAUGGAAACAUGUCAGCUUGGGGCUUUGAGAACAUUGGUGCCAGGGUCAAGAAGGUCACGGAUGUAUUCAACAUUGCGCAUGUUGAUGGGCUACACCUGCACUUUGCCAACGAACCCAAGGCUCUUGAGGACAACGUCCAGUUCUACGCGUUCAUUGGCGACAAGCCCGACUCCGAACUCACAUUAUUGUCACACCACUUCGAUGGCCGGAUAGAAUGGCUCGAAUCACGAAUCGACUACCUUUUCGACCCGUCUCCGCAGACUCAGCGCAUACAAAGGAAAUCGAUCUGGACGGGACACUCGCAUGCUAUCAAGAAAGUCAAUCGUACAGCAAGCGGGCGAGCUUUGGUCUCGCGGACAGUCACAGAUGAGUGCAUAGUGUGGACUCAACGACCGACUGAGCAUGGCACGACCCUACACCGACACAGCACUGUCAAAGUCAGCGAGCACAUCCACAGGACGGCAUUGCUGCAAGACGGCAACUUCGUAGUCUUCCUGCAUCAUAACCACAUCGCGCUAUGGGACACAAGAGGGCCACUAGCAGUGGAAGUCGCAAGGCUCGAGUACAAGCUUCAGGGUAAGCCGCUGUGCCUGCUCGCUAUUCCUGAAACGGAGGUUGGAGGUAUGUGCGUGCAUAUCGCAACGAUCAGCUCAGAGAUGAAAGGCAUAUGUUGGGAAGUCACUAUGCCCUUACUGACACAAGAUCCUGCUACUGGUCGCAAAUACUCGAGCGCUGUGCCUCACACAAAUGGUUACACCAAUGGACAUAAUGAGAUCUCCUUGGAGCAAUACAGUACAUUCAACCUAGGGUCUGAGGAUGACCUUGCAUUUGUCCUACCCGUCGACCCUGCUGGUACAGCGCCAGUCAUCUCGGGCUUCCUCGACACUUUCGCGCGUGACAUCGCAAUAUCCUACAGCAAGUCUGGUGUCAUCAAGUCGUGGACAGCUCGUAUCGACUCUGAAGAGCAUAAGCUCGACUGGCUACUCACCUCGACCGUUGACACCAACGUGCAAAAUCCAUCGUUAGCGAGCGGUACCUCGAUCCGGAAGGCAGCACUGGUAGAUGCUGAGAAAACGACAUUGACGAUCUGGAACACACGAAGUGCGCAGUUGGAGUACGAGGAAACCUUUGAUGGGCAAGGGGUUAUUCAAGAUCUCGACUGGUCCUCCACUCCGGACAACCAGUCGAUUCUCGCUGUUGGGUUCCCACAUCGAGUGGUCAUCUACGCGCAGCUGCGUUAUGAUUAUCUCAAUGCCGGACCAUCAUGGGUCCAGAUUCGAGACGUGCGCAUUAGAGACAUCACGCCUCAUCCCAUCGGCGAUUCAGUAUGGCUGGGUAGUGGCAACCUUGUCAUCGGUGCUGGCAACCAGCUCUUCAUACAAGAUGAGCAUGUCAAGGUUGAUGAGGAAUUGUUCCCAAGUUUGCGCAUGAUUUCUCGCAAGACCGCUUCGAUCGACAUUUUCGCUGCAGUUAGUCGACUCAAUGGUCCCCUGCCUGUAUAUCAUCCGCAGCUGUUGUCGCAAUGUGUCUUGUCUGGAAAGGUCAUGCUUGUGCAGCGAAUCUUGUUGCGACUCUAUCAGAAGCUCAAGUUCUGGACAGAGGGCGAGGAGCUCGAAAGCUCUCUUGGCUUCUCAGCGGAGGACUUCUCUGAAGACGAGACGAACAUGACCGCUUCGAAGAAGGGGAUGCACUCAUCGUACAAUGAUUUCUCGGACAACGAUGAUCCAGAGACCGUGACCGAGGAAGUGGCUGCCAAUCUCAAAGACCUCCUAACUACCAAGCAAAUGCCUCUGCUGUCGAGUCGAGAACAGUUCCGUCUUGCAGACAUCAUAGAGUGCAUAGGCAUGGUCGAGAAGCACCGACGAUCCAUCGACGACAAUGCAGGCCGCUUCAUGCUGUUCUUCCGACAACAUGUCUUGAGCGAAGCGCAGAAGGCGCCCCUCUCGUGGCGCGAAAUCGUGUGGGCUUUCCACUCAGGAAGUCAGGACAUCCUGCUAGACCUCAUGAGCAGGCACUUCAACAGUAAGAUGAUGUGGCAGCACGCUAAGCAAUGUGGUGUGUUCAUGUGGAUGUCUGACAUCAAUGCACUGCGUGCACAAUUCGAAGUCAUCGCUCGCAAUGAGUACACGAAGACGGACGAAAAGAACCCGGUCGACUGCUCUCUGUACUAUCUCGCUUUGCACAAGAAGACUGUCCUGGUCAGUCUGUGGCGCAUAGCCACCUGGUCUCGCGAGCAAGGUGCGACACACCGCUUGCUAUCGAACAACUUCCAGGAGGAGCGAUGGAAGACCGCUGCACUCAAGAACGCCUACGCGCUCAUGGGCAGAAGGCGGUUUGAGUACGCAGCUGCGUUCUUUCUGCUUGCAGACCACCUCCAUGACGCCGUGCAAGUACUGCACAACCAGCUCGGUGACACACAGCUUGCCAUCGCUGUGGCGCGAGUCUAUGGUGGUGACGACCACCCUGUACUACUGGCUUUCUUGAAGGAUAAGAUCCUACCUCAAGCAGCGCGUGAUGGCAACCGCUGGCUCGCCACAUGGGCCUACUGGCUUCUCGGUCGCCGCGACACCGCCGUUCGCUCUCUCGUCACACCCCUUUCCCGUUUGCUGUCACCGCCCGAGACACCGAACUUCCAAUCAAAGUCCUACCUCACAGACGACCCCGCCCUUGUGGUUCUCUACAAGCAGCUCCGCGAGAAGUCCCUCCAGACCCUCCGCGGCGCAACCAUGAUCGGCAUGCGCGAAGAAUGGGAGUUCGUCCUGCACACCGCCAAUUUGUACGAGCGCAUGGGUUGUGACGUGCUCGCUCUCGAUCUUGUCAAGAGCUGGGAGUUCCUACUUACGCCGCCACCAAAGACUAUACCGGGGCGACCGCCGCUUAGCCCGCUUAUGCCGAGGGAUAGCUUCCAUGCCAAUGGACCAAACCAGGCGGCGAGCGAUUACGAUUUCGAUCCGAGGAAGCUGCUCCGGAGGAGGAGUAGUUUGGUUGUUGCGGAUUUGCCGACAAGGGAACAUGUUAGGAAUGAGCUUGCGCAUAAUGAUGGGGCGGUCGCUGAGGAGGGGAGUUGGGAUGAGGAGGAAGACGAGAAGGAGGAAGACGAAGAAGACGAAGAGGAGGGUAGUGAUGACGAAGGAGAGGAGGAGAGUGAAGAAGAGGAAGAACCGGCCAAACCCGUACCGAAAAAACCGCCGCCGACACAGUUCCAGGAACCGGAUGCAAAUAGCUUGCUGGAUGCUUUUGGAUUCUAGUGCAAUACACAUUCUGGAUAUUGGCCUGCCAUGGAACCUAAUGGAUUGGGAGUUUCUUAAUUUCCACUACGCACAGUUCAUCUCACCGUGUUGAGGGCUUCGAAACAUUAACUGUGUCGUUUUAGAUGCUUUUGCUGCUGACAAGUACUAGGA